AUGGCUGAGCCCGCUGUUUGCAAGAUUCGCUCCCCUCUUUCCGAAGCUGCACAUCGUAUCAACGCGAGCUAUGCCCCGUCUGAUAACACCAGGAGCAAAGGCUCUUCAGCUCGCGUGCGCCUUUGCCGCCACAAUGUCACGAACCAGCUGGCUGCUGUCAAGAUUGUCAACAGAAGGAUGGCCUACCUGGUUCAGGAUAGCAGUCUGGCCGCCUUGAGCAAGUGGGACAACAACGAUGCGACGAGCGGUCCGAGCGGUGAAAUGCGUGUGCCCAUGUCUAUCGAACGAGAGGUGGCAAUACUAAAGCUUAUCGAACAUCCUCAUAUCAUGAAACUUUAUGAUAUCUGGGAGAACCGGUCAGAGAUUUACCUCAUCCUCGAGUACAUCGACCAGGGCGAUCUCUUCACUUUCAUCAACUCCCGCGGGAGACUCACCGAAGAAGUUAGCUUGUACUUCUUUCGACAAAUGAUCAGUGCCAUCGGGUACUGUCAUUCAUUCAAUAUCUGUCAUCGGGACCUGAAGCCCGAAAACAUUCUUAUCACAACCGACCACAAAAUCAAGAUUGCGGAUUUCGGCAUGGCUGCUUUGCACCAGACUGAUACGCACAGGCUAGCCACAGCUUGCGGCAGUCCUCACUAUGCCGCCCCUGAGUUGCUCAAGAAUCGCCAAUACCGGGGCGACAGGGCUGACAUCUGGAGCAUGGGUGUGAUCCUCUUCGCGAUGCUUGCCGCCUCUCUUCCAUUCGACGAUCCAGACAUGAGGACCAUGAUGGAGAAGGCGAAAAGGGGCCAUUAUCAGAUGCCGAACCACUUCAGUCUCGAGGCCCAAGAUCUUGUCAGCCGCAUGCUCCAGGUCAACCCGGAGCGCAGAAUAACGCUCGCUGAAAUCUGGCGACACCCAUUGGUGCAAAAGUACAACUACCUCGACCCUUACGGUGAGAAUGGUGGCCAGCCUGGGGACCUACGAAGGGGCUUCCAGUAUGCUCCUGUGCUGAGGGCGGACAUUGAUCCGCAGUUGGUUCGGCAGCUGCGCAGCAUGUGGCAUAUGUUCAGCGAGCACGACCUCGAACUCAAGCUCACCUGCGAAACGCCGAACGACCAGAAGGCAUUCUACUGGCUGUUGCACAAUUACAGGGAUAAGCAAUUGGAGGAUUUCAAGCCUGAGCUUGCUCACUCGAUGAGUGACUACCACCACUUGAAACCCGGUGCCUGGAAGAAGCGUGUCUCGACCUGCGAGUUCUCUCAACCGCGCGCGAACGGUCACGGUAGAUCCGUAUCCCGCUUCACGGUCAUCUCCAACGCCACCGAAACCGAAGCAGGUACCGUGCAGAGCUACGACCCCUACAUGGAUAGUCAAGUGCUCCAAUCCUGCGGUUCGAAUGUCACCCAUGCCAAGAUCACAGUCCACAGGGACCAGAGUCUUGUUGCCGGCCAAAGCCCGCACGCCGCGAGGCUGCGAAGCAACUCCGCUGCCCGACGACCGCGCGCGAAUUCCAAUCGCACCGCACCUGGUGGACGGCCGCCGUCGUCUCGUGGGUCAAUGACAUCUCUAAACAGUGCUCGACCAAACAACACCCGAGCCAGAGGGCCAAGCCUGCGGCACAAGCGUGGCGUCGACUUCUCUCACGUUCGAAAGCAGUCCCACACCGUCGGUGCCUCGCGGUCGAAUAUCAAACAAGCCGUUUCUGGCACGACAUUGGUGAGCGAAUCGGCCCAUCAGGAGCGAUGCUCGCAGUCUCAGUCUCCCGAGCCACGGGUGAACGACCGAGGGCAGUACGAAAAGGCAAAUGGCGCACCGGCGCCGUCGACACCGGACCCAACCUCGAUGUUCACCGAGGAACUGCGUCACUUCAGCAGCAACAUUGCCAAAGACUGCGACGAGGCAUUCCGGAGCUCACUGAUUGAAGAAGAGUCCAUUGCUGGUUCGUUGGCUGAAGGGGACAGAAAGCAACGCGACUCGCCCUUUACUUUCAGUGUCGAUGGGUCUGGCCCAACGACGCCCGCUACAGACGUCUCGUCUGUCAAACCCUGGGACUCGCGACCCCUCCCCCCCCUUCCAUCGGAACAGUCUGUGUACAGGCCUUCAUCCCCGAGCAGUGUCGCUCCCUCUCUGUAUAGUGUGGAGUACGAGAGGGGCGUCGAGCAGGUUGCCCGACUGGCCGUGCCUGUUAAAUUUGCACCUCAUGGAGAUCGCCGCGUCGUGUCUGCUCCCGCUCAAAGCCACUCUACACGCAAGGUUGAUGCCAUGCCCCCCAUUAGCGAGGACCAGACACUCAAUGUCGUGAGCAACGACAAGGCCAGGAUCGUUUCGGCGCCGCCUCGCACGCCACCCAAGGCUCGCGGGGUCGAGUACUUGACCAAGGUCGAGAACACGAUUCGCGUAGUUCACUCACCGAGCGCACCGAACCCUGUCAAGGUUCCAAAGCCUCUGAACGUGCGAAAGAAGGCCAUGGCGGACACAAUUGAGGAGCGGCAGCAGGAUAUGAACGAUCACGAGCAUGAUUACUCCAGCCAUCGAACCACGUCUGGAGACACAGCUACCAGCAUGAAACAGAAGAAGUCCAAGCUCUGGUUCAAGAGGUCAUCCAGGGCAGGGACGGGCAGCGGCACGUCGACUGCUGCAACGUCCCAGGAACACCUAAGCUCGAUCACGACCGACACGGGUGGAGGCGCUGCAGCAGUACAGACCUCUGUGGUCAGGAAGAAGAAGAGUUUCCCGUUUCCCUUCUUCAAAGGAAACAAGAGCGAUGAACCCAAAAUGUCCAUCGCCGACAAAGCGGAAGGAUCGUUUGGCGGUGGGGAUCUCCCGAAGCGGCCAGCAAACACAAAGGUCAACUGGCGUGACUCCACAGCAACUGAUGGCAGCCGCAGCAUUGAAGUGAAGCAGAAUUGGCUAGCACGCCUAUUCCGGGUGAAGCCGGCGACAGAUUAUCUGUGCAUGUCCAUCUCCCGCCGACGAGCUCGCCAGGAGGUUACGAUCCUGCUGCGCGAGUGGCGGCGGUACGGUAUUAGGGGAAUCCAGGUUGACAAGGAGCGCAACAUCAUCUUUGGCAGGGUCGGAGCUAAGAACUACUUGAACCUGAAGGAAGUGUCCUUUGCUGCCGAGAUCAUGACGGUGAUCGAGCACGGCAAACGGCAGCCACUGAGCAUUGUCCGCUUCACUCAAGAGCGUGGUGCGGCCAGCAGCUUUCAUCGCGUGGUCGACACCAUGCGGACAGUGUUUGACAGCCGCCACCUGCUUGUCGCAGAGCGCACCAAGCAGAAGAUGAUGAUCAAAACCCUGCAAUCGUGA